AUGAUAGAAGGAGUCCUGGACGCAGAUUUCUCCGUGAAGCAUCACUGGAAUCUUUCGCAAAAGCUCUUGGAGCUCGACUCUAACAACAAACUCCACCAGAUCAUCUCCAAAACCCUCAUCGCGGAUAUCGAUCAUCUUGCCGAAUUCCAAAAAGCCGAGGCUCGAUUCUGUGAAAAUUGCUUCUCACGCUGCGAAAAUCACGAAAAUGCGUUGAAAAUUCGCACGAUUUCGAAGAGAAAAGGCCGUGCCAAACGAUUUACAAAAGAGCGAAAACUUGUGACUGUUCAAAACUGCUCAGAUUGUCAUUUUUCUAGAACUUCGAAGCUCGAAAACCGGCUCAAUAAGAAUUUAGUCAAUGCAGCAGCAGAAAUUUCAACUGAGAAAAUAGAGAUCAAGAAAAAAGACAGUAAUUCAGGAAAAAUUGCGAAAAACCAAAAAUCUAAAGCUGUCGAGAAAAAGCUAAAUAGCAUGAAAGCAAAGGCAAAAAAUAAGAAUAAGCCGAAUCCUCAAAGCAAGCAAAAGAACAAGCCUCCAAAAAACUCGCUUGCGGGGUUCUUGAAAAAAUUCUAG